AUGUUUGCUUUCACUUUGGUGGCUGCGCAGAUCCGCUCCCUGCGUCGCAAGUAUUCUGACUUUGCUGCAGAGGUCACCCAAGGCAAAGGUGAUCACAGCAGCGCAGCUUCGGUGUCUGUCAUCGCAUGGCAUGAGUUCCACAGCGACUACGAUCGCCUGCUCAUGCUGCUCAGCAAUUCGAUGCUGUGGAAAUUCUGCCAGCGGCGUUUAGCCAUGCUCCGUGGACUCUUCGAGGCACACCGGGCGUUGAACGCGCAUUUCGAGGAGGAGGAGGCUUUCGGGGCAGCACCUGCUCGAGUGGAUGGUUGUGUCCGGGUCGGCCGAUUGCUGCCACCUGGAAGGCUGAUGGCCUUCUUCCAAAGCAAGCGCAGCGACUCCAGCGAGGAGGCGCAACAGGAUACCUUGAACGAGCUCCUGCUCGAGUGGCAGGGUCGACCGCCUGGACCGGAAGAUCUCACCAGCGAUCCGGACGUGCUG